AUGGUCGUGGUUGGGGAAGAACUCUUUCUCAAGAUCACCAUGUGUGAUACAAAUGAAAAGUUUGAAGCGAUCCUCGACAAAUAUCUCGUCGAUAUCAUAAACGACAUCAUUGUACGACAAGAAAAAGCACUCGAGAUCAUUUCUCACAUAAGAAGUCGCGUAAAAUCACUGGAAACAGUUCAACUGCCCGUCGCGCCGCUUUUUGACUUGUUCGAAAAUCGGCAUUGCUCGAAUGCAGAGCAUGGAAGAGCUGGAAAAUGUCAUUAUCAGAUGCCUACUUCAAAAGAUCUUCCCUUCAUGAGUCAGUGGUCACUGAACUUUCAUAGAAUUUUGAACACAACGGGAAAAGAAGAGUCCUGCAAGAUCAUUCAAAAGCACGUGUCCAAGCUCAGAGGAAAGUUCUCAGACGAAGACUGGCCUACAUUUCUCACUCGAUUCGCGACCUUUAUCAAAUUUAUCCUUGUUUCCGACUUGAGCCCUCUUUGUAUUUUAUCGCCGAAAGAAAAGAUGGAGAUUGCUCAAUCCCGGCUCAAUCAAAUUACGCGCAAGGAUGAGAUCACGUCAGAUCAAAAAAUUAAAGAGAAAUCGACCAUCUGUCAUUUCAUAAUCCACUGGACUUAUAUUUCUGGAAGCGAGCAAUUACCUGCAGAAUUCAGUCUUCCUCUUCUGAAAAUCAUCGACUUUCUUCAUCCAAAGGGAAACUCAGAAAGCGCUCUCAGAUGCCUCAAUUACUCGAUAGAAGAUCAAAAGAUGGUCAACAUCCUGUAUCAGCUUUUCUUGGGCGAAUUGAACCCCGUUUCUGAUAAGACACAGAUCCACGCCAAAGCACCUGAUCGUCUCAAAAUAAGCAUUGCCAAGAUGUUAUUACGAUCAUCUUCCGCCGCCAAAACGUUUCCCGCCUCGCUGCAAGUCACUUUCGAACUGCUGAGAGACGACCUAAAAUCCCAAGCUCGAGGAGUAGCCUACGACUGGCUCCAUCAUCUGAAAGCCGAGUCCGCGAUAAACCCUAAGAUCGUUCCAAUUCUUCUCGAAAGAAUUUACAAAAUCCUCGCUGCAGAGGACUCCACUGACGAUGAUCGGCUCUUGAAUCUCAUUCCGUAUUUGAUCGAGUUAAAUGCCGCCGCAUUCUCUUCAAAGAUUCUUGACCUUGUGGAUAUUUUGCUGAAGGGAUUACAUCGGACCCCGUCCGUCACAGCACCGAUUCUUGCACUGUGUAAAAUUGGGUCUGCGGAUCCACAUCGUGAGCGGCUGUUAAUGAAGAUAAAUGGACAAUCGCCGCCUGCUGGUAAUAAAUGGUUUCUAAAUUGUCUUUUGGAAGCUGUUGCGAUUCUUGUUCCGUUUGAUCCAGACGUGGGGCCACACCGACUCUUCUUGUUGGACACUAUCUGCGAUGUUAGAGUCCCUGCGGAAUCGCGCGAAUUGGCCGCCAAGUUGCUCGGAAUCGUCAAUCAGAUUGGAAACACUCUGACCAGCUCAGAGCAGAUUCUGAGCCAGCUGGAGCUUCUGGAAUGCACAGUUCGAGCAAAGCGCCCACUUGAGUCCUCUGAAUUCAUCGUCAAAACCGUCAAUACUUUCCGCCCAGAGAAGAUCUGUCAGUUCCUCCAAGGCCACUCGUUCGCUAUCAACAUGGCGGCCUCGUCACUACUCGCGACGCAAAUGAAAAAGACGGAUUUCGCCACAUACGCGCCGUUAUUCGAAUUCGACGAGAAGGUGGAUGGGGCACGAAAAUCCGCUUUUCAAAUGGCCUUGGCGGUCUACUGCGGUCGCAUGCAGGAUGACGAGAGUAUGUUACGGUCGAUCGAAUUAAUCCAGAGUAUGAUGGACAACCCGUGGACGAGUCACUCUGGCGUUGUUCUCGAGCGCCUGUUAACAUGCUUGGGCUACGUUUCCUCCCGUGUUCAGAUUGAAAAAAGCCUGGUGGAGCAGACUGGCAAAUGUCUCUCACAUGAACAUGAAAAGGUCAAAAUUGCCGCCAUUCGCGCGCUGGCGCACUUUUCGGGCUCCCCCUUCAUGCAAGAUGAUGACACGGUCGAGCUGUUUGACGGUUUUGACAUCGAAAGUGCUGAUCUCCGUGUCCGACCGCGAAUCGUCGAAGCGAUCCUGGAUCGGACAUUCCACAAGGCAAAGGGGAAGCAAAAAGGAACUGGGAUUUGGCUGGCCGCGUUGUGCGACGCGGGAAAAACGAGUGAGCUGUCAGAGGAACUCAACAAGCAGCUAUUUUGUGGUCUGCUAAAUAGACUCUUACUUAGUUCUGAAGAAUCCACUUAUUGUGCCAAAGGUCUCCGAAAAUUCCACGCUGUCUCUUCCGAGGAGCAGAGGAGGACGUUUUCGAAUAUUCUCAAUCUCGUCAUCGCACACGGAAAAGUGCCAGAAAAGGAUGGAAAGCUUGCCGAAAGAAAGAUUCCUUUAGAAGAUGCUAUGGGCUUGAAGGACUUGUUGAAGAUCAUUUUGGAAUUGAAGAUUAAUGAUCACGUCUUUGAUCUACUAAGCCUUGGUCUGACUGGUGACUUGACCGCAGUGAAGAAUAUCGAUGAGAAGAGCAUCAAACUUCUCGCCCCCGAUCUGCUUCUCAUGGUCAACCAUAAAAAUGACUCGAUUAGAAGCAUCGGCAAAAAUAUCUUUCAAGCAUUCGAAGUAUCAAAAAGAAUUGACAGUUUGCUCAAAAAUUGUCUGGAUAAGUGUCUAGAGCGGAUACAGGGAUUCGACGGGGACUACCGCGAGGCUGCGAAUCGAACACUUCCUGUCCUGUUGCAACACUUGAGCGCGGAUGUCAAUGUACUCCCGCCGGAAAGGUUUAUCGACCUCUGGAACUGCGUGCUCAGAUGUUGUGAUGAUACACGCGAUAAUGUCAAGGCCGUCGCCACUACGAGCUGUUUAGAACUGAUGAAAUUCACCAUUCGCGUUGUUAAUGAAGCCAGCGUCAUUCCGAACUGGAUCAAGCCCAUGCUUGACAUUAUUGUUGAUGAAUAUCUUGACUCUGCAACAACAACAAACGUGCUCUUGUUCCCAUAUGCAACGAAACUGAUCCCGAUUCUAAUCCAGAAAUGCGCAGUCAGCGAGCAAGUAAACAUCUCCAAAGGAGCUACACGAAGUCAAAACUACGCCGAAGUCGAACAAGAAACACUCGAGAAAACUAAACACUCUGAGUUCCUUCGUGUUGGAUACAAAAUCGUCGACAACGACAACUUCCCCCAGAGUGGAGAAAACUACUUCGAAUACGCGGAGGCAGGCACAGAAUCUUCUCUUGGCUCGGCAAUCGCGUCUUCCGUAAAGAAGCUCAGCGAGGAUCAGCGGCCCCAGAUGGCCGCUUUGUGCUGGCUGGGCCGAUUCGAUAAGGCACAGGGAACUUCUUUUGAAAAUGGCUGGGACAACGGAGAAUAUCAAGUUCGCCCAUAUGCCGAAGAAAUAUUCGACCUAGCAAGCAAAGCCGCCCGUUCACCAUCAUGGAACUUUCGUGCUCAGGGGAUCGAAGCUCUCUGCGCCGCUACUGAAAGUAGGCAAGUUGUUCCUAGAAGAUUGAUCAAGUCCGUUCACUUUGCCUUGGAUCAACGAUUUUUCAACGGAAAAGAGAAGCUGCUCGAGGCUGUUGGCUUGUUAAGCCAGCUUGCAGAGGAUGAUCCAACCUUUGUCGAUUAUGUAAACUUGCUGAUCGGGAAUCGAAAUCCGGAAACGCUAGCUACAAAGAAAAGUGCCUGA